AUGAAAACGUUCACGCGAUGCCUCGUAUGGGCGAGUGUGGUCACACCGUUCGUCGCAGCCCAGACCGCCAACGUUACACUCGUCGCAGCCGCGACUGGAAUCGAGGGCGACAAUACCAACUUCGUCUACGGCAAAUCACCUUUACUGGUCACCAAUGAUGGAAGUGCUGCCGACGGUGGCUUCCGGAUAUUCUCUGGCUCCAACUCCUCAAGCUUUGCAGAGAAGUCGCAUCAGAAGACUGGUCGCUCGAAGAUUGCUGUUGCUGUUCACGACAUCGACGGUAGGGAUCUGAUCGUCAACAUCCCAGCUCCAGAUUCUUUGAUCAGGGUCUUUGAUGCUCAGAAUGGGGAAACGAUCGAAAGUAAUAACAAGAAGCAGCUGGGCGACUGGAGUACUGCGUGCGUGUGGCGUAGUGGGAAGAGCGGACAGAGUUACAUCUUCCUCUUUGGAAAGAAGAUGGUCGUGCAGUUCUUGAUUCGGGGCAAUGAAAGCCGGGUUGAGAUUCUGGAGGUUCAAACUUUUCCCGUUGCUAUCGAAGGCGAAACUUGCGCCGUAUUCGCGAAUGGCGGGAUCUUCUUUUCGGCCGAAGAUCGACCAUUGUACUCUUUCCAAGCGUCAGAGUCUGUCCAGGCACCCGAGAUCAAGACUGUUACCGAGGACAUCGAAGUUGCGGGACUUGCUACUUACCACAGCGCAUCCGCCGACUAUCUGUUCGUAGCCCACGACGAGGUCAUCGAUGUGUACGACUCCGACAUCAAGCAGAAGGGAAGCAUCUCAUUGAGCGGUAUCUCUGAUCUUUCUAUCGAGGGCUCGCUAGCCAUCCUUCAAUCUUCAGUUGCUGGAUACCCAUCUGGCGCAUUCGCCUUCGCUUUUGAGGGAGAAGAUGAUACUGGGGUAGCUGUAGGUUCUCUGGACGGUGCGCUCAAAUCCAUGGGCAUCAAGGCAAACACACAGUACAGUCCCAACAACAAGGCUUGCAAGCACUGCGAAAGCUCCGUCACCAAGAAGUGCUCCAACAAUGGCUUCGUGUCAGGCAAGGACUGUUCCUGCUUUGCCGGCUUUACUGGUCGCGACUGCUCCAAGAUCACCUGCGAAAACGAUUGUUCUGGACAUGGCAAGUGUACCGGCCCAAAUGUCUGCAAGUGCAAAGAUGGGUGGACUGGCCCAGACUGCUCGUUCGUCGCGGUCACCGCAAAGUUCGAGACUGAUGCAAACGGCGGAGACGGCGAUGACCCUGCGAUUUGGAUCCACCCCACUCGACCAGAUCAGAGCAAGAUCAUUACCACAACAAAGUCUGAAGAGGGCGAAGGCUUUGGUGUCUUCGAUCUGCAGGGAAGACUUCUUCAGCAUUUGACGGCUGAGGAGCCAAACAACGUCGAUGUCAUCUACAACUUCACUCUCGGUUCCCGGAAGGUCGAUCUCGCAUUCGCAGCAUGCCGCGGUGACAACACCAUGUGCCUGGUCGAAGUAAACAGCACAGGCUACCUCAGCACUGUUUCUGGUGGUAAGCAAAUGCUACCGAGAGACUACGAACCCUACGGCUCCUGCAACUACCGCUCUCCGACCACCGGAAAAGAGUACCUCUUCGUCAACAACAAGGAUGCGCAAUACCUACAGUACGAACUCAGCGCGACCGCGAACGGCACCCUGCAGACUACCCUCGUCCGCGAAUUUCAAGGCGGCUCAGGCGGCCAAGUCGAAGGCUGCGUCGCGGACGAAGGCGCCGGCUACCUCUUCAUCGGCGAAGAACCACUCGGUAUCUGGCGAUACGAAGCCGAACCCACUGGCUCAAACAACGGUGUUCAGAUCGCGCAAGUAGGCGACGCCAGCGGCCUCCACGCCGACGUCGAGGGCAUCACUCUCGUGCCAGCCAAGUCAGGUCCGGGUGGCUAUAUCAUCGUUUCGUCGCAGGGCAUCUCAGCGUACCUUAUCUACGAGCGCGCGCCCCCGCACAAGUACGUGGAGACGUUCACUAUCAUUGAUAACAAGGCAAAGGGCAUCGACCACGUUAGUAAUACGGAUGGAUGUGCUGCUGUGGGCAACGCGCUGAAUAAGGACUUUCCAAAUGGGCUUUUCGUCACGCAUGACGAUGCUAAUGAGCUGGCUGGUGGAGGCACGGCAAAGGAGGCGAGCUUUAAGUUGGUUAGUCUGGGGGAUAUCUUUGGCAAGGAAAGGGUGGCGAAGCUGGGGUAUUAG